AUUGUUAAUUGUUGAUUGCGAUCAGCGCAAUGCGAAAAUCGCAGGGAAUAUCAUUGGUCUCGGACAGACGACUGGGCUUGGACGCCUCUGAGACGUUCUCCACAUCGAGUUCCUCGUUGAGCAGCUCGUUUAGCGACGGCAGCGAUCUGGUCAACUGGGAGGAGUACGUGGCGGAAGAUGGUAGCCUCUUCUAUGCUGAAUAUGUGCCCAGCAUCAAGCCGAAUGCGUUGGAGCAGCGACGUGGUGAACUCUUGCGUCGUUCGCUGCGCCUGGGAAAAAAGACAACACGGCGACAACAGCAACAGCAGCAGCAGCUCUCGAAUAGAGGCCAACAGGGCAAACACAAUGGCAACCAAGGCAUGCAGCAGCAGCAACAGCAGCCACAGCAGACAACUCCCGCAGCAGAGGCAGAGAGCAGUGCCAGCAACGGGUUCCGUUUCGCAGACAUUAAGCAUUCGCAGACUGAGGCCGUCGCCAAUCAAAAACAAUUGGAGCUGGUUAUAACGGCAACGGAUCGCUUCCGUUUCGGUCGUCGCUCCACAGCCGUGGAGUCUAUAUUGGGCUUCCGUGUGCUGCCGUUCCCCGAUCAGCCCGAGUGCCUUAUGGUGGACAGUUUUGUGCAUGAUAUCAGCGCCAUGCAGCACAAUAUUAAGCGGGGUGAUUGGUUCAAAUCCUUGAAUGGCAUUGAGCUCUAUGCCAGCAAUUUGGAUGAGCUGCUGCAGCAGUUCGUCGAACCCACCCAGGUGUGUCUGGGCUUUCAAGGUGUUGCCACUCAAAGCGCACCAGCUGCAGCAGCAGAUGAUGCUGCAACUGGACAAUGCAUCCCACAGUUGCAACAGGUGCGCAAAUUACUAAACUUUGCCAUGUUUGCGGAACAAUUCGAGCAGCUGCUGCCCCCCGCUCUCGUUGUGCCGGAUAGUGUAACGCCAUUUGGCAUGCUACUCCUGCCACCCGAAUGCUAUCAGCAGGAUGAGCACAAGGAUUCGCUGUACUAUUAUCCCGAGUGUGCUUUAACCAAUUUCCUGUACAAGGCACGGGGCAGCUUCCUCACGCUCAGCUCCGUGCUCAAUGAGCUGCAGACAGAGCCGCUGACCUCGCGUCUCCUCGUUGAGCAGGUGCCCUACUAUGUGAACUAUCGCCGAUUGAAUGGAUUCCUGGUGCUGUUCGCGUAUGCAGCGCGUUUUUAUGGCGCCGCCGAGAGCAGCCUGAGAUCGGAUGAGCUAAUUGGUUACAUACGCUUCUCGCUACCGGGUCUGAAUCUAGAGAACUUUGUGACCAGCACGGAUAGCUCGAAUGGUCUGCGCCAGUUUCUGCGCCAUUUCUGCAGCAUUCAACGCUCUCGCCUGCUGGCCAAUCCCCGUGGGGAGCUGCAAUUCGAGCAACUGCUGAAGCAAUCGCGCAGUUUGCCACUGCCGAAGGAGGCACAGUUGCGCAUCUUUGAUGCACUCAGCGAAAUGGAGGCCAUGGAUUAUCGCAAUUGGAACGAUGAACCGUUGACCACUCAUCGCGAGUUCUUUAUCUAUGGCUGCGCCUUGUACUAUGAUAGUUUCCUGCUCGCCAGCCUGCUGCCCGCUGAGGUGCGGUUCAAUGUGGAGCUGUUUCUGCGCUGUCGGGGAAUCUUUGAUUUUAUUGGCUCGGCGCCCAGUGUGCGGGUCCGUGAGCUCUACGUGUGGGAGGAGAUUGUGCUAGCGAAUGCAACGGGUCGUUAUUUUCUGACUGUCUGCUCGAGGAGUCACCUCAUCCUCACCGUCAUCCUUAAGAUGUAUGUGGAUGCGCCCGAAAUGGAGGCAUUUACUGCAGUGCCGCCAUCGUUGUUCUACAUCGAAGAGAUCCAGGAGACGCUGGAUCAUCUCAUACAGUGCGGCAUCGAGUCACUGGCCAGAUUUUGGUCUGUCUCGAAUAAGCGGCCCGAGGUGCUCGACCAGCACAAGAUCGAGCAGUCCGGUGAAGAGCACGAGGCCAGCAGCAAGCUUGAAUCAUUGCUCAAACCGAAAACCAAUGUUCCGCAUUCCAGUAACUCCGCCAAUGAUGAUGAGGCGCAAUUGUGCUCAUCUCUGGGUGGCUCAUCGAUACACAGCCUGACGCCCAGUGAAGAUGAGAUGUCACGGCGCCGUCUGACGCCUGCCGAUGACUCGGACAGUGGCUCCGACUGGGAGAACUUUGCAGAACAGCAUCCGCUGCAUUACGGACUUAAUCUGAAUGUCGAGAGCCAGAGUCAGAUAACCACAUCCCUUUGGAAGGAAAUCAACAAUGUGCUACCAGUGAAAGUCUCCGCCGGUUGGAAGAACUCUGUGCUGCACUACGUCUAUGUUGACCUGACAAAUGGCGUGCUCCUCUGUCCAUUCACAGCCAGCUCGGAGAGUUUUCCCUAUCUGUGCGAGAUGCGUCGAGCGUGUCAUAUGAUACAUGUGGUGCUCGACCGUUCCAAGAAUCAUCGACGAAUACUGGCGGAGCCGACUGCUGCUGGCAACAACAGAUCCCUCAUUGGACAUGGCAGCAAUGAUAUAACCAUGGUGAAAGAACAUGGCAUAACCAUUGAAAUCACAAAUAGCACCAAGGAGCAGGCUGUCAUGCGAUUCGUUGUCGUCGGCCGAUUGUUUCAAUCGCCAGCGAAGGAGGUCUAUGUGUGCCACGCUCCCGAGGUACCCCAAAAUAUGGUCGAAAUGGCAUUCAGAUUGUCCUUCUUCUCGAUGGGCUAACAAUUGUUCGAGUACUGCUAAUAGUUAAAUGAAUUAAAUAAAGAAUACAUUUUAGAAGUGAUAUU